GGCAGCAACCAGCAAACGUCCAGACUCCAAUUACCAUGGAUUUCAAAACUCUUGGUUUUUUUACGACUCUCCUGGCAGCCUGUCACGGAGGCAUUCUGCCGGGAGCAGCCACAGUUGGAAUUGCCGCGGCACCAACCGCGGUUAUUAGAACAGAAAAUUACGAUCCCAAUCCUCAAUACAGUUUUAGCUAUAGCGUCGCCGACGGACUUACCGGUGACAACAAGGCUCAAGAAGAAACACGCAGCGGUGAUGUAGUUCAAGGUAGUUACAGUCUUAUCGAACCAGAUGGUUCUCGACGAAUUGUUUCGUAUGCCGCUGAUCCGAUCAACGGAUUUAAUGCCGUCGUACAAAAGGAUCCUAGCGUAACCGUAACGAAAACGGCCGUACCAGUUGCUGCACCAGUUGGACAGGUCGCUGCUGUAGCCGCUGCUCGACCUGCCUUGGCAGUUGCAGCAGGACCUCAACUUCUUGCUCGUUCUGGUCAAGUUCUUACAGCUGCUACAGCACCAGCAGCAGUAGGUCUACGUCCUCAGCUUGCUAUUGGUGGAUCCUUAAUUCGACCCUCUCUGGUUGCUGGCUCUGCCUUGACAGGGUCUAACUUAUUGGCUACGAAUCUUGGACUUGGACUUGGACUCAGGGCAGGAUCUCUGUAUGGUACGCAAGCUCUUCUAGCGGGUGCAUAUGGCGCCGGUGGUGUCGUGAAGGUUCAUUAGAUCCUCUGAUAUAUCUCUUCGUUCGACUCGGCUUUGCUCGACGACACGACCACGUCUCUCUCCCAGCCCGUACUCUUUCUUAUUAUAAUAAUACCGUUUGUUCUUCUGUGUUUCUAUUCGCGUCGCGAUCCUACUCAAAUUAGUUUCUCUCUAUCUUUCUCUAUCUCUCUCUAUCUCUUUCUAUCUCUUUCUCACUCUCACUCUCUCUCUCCCUUCCUUCCUCUUUUCUUUCCAACCCUAACACGCACUAAUUUCCUUUAACAAUCGUGUUUUACAUAAUUACAUAUAUUACCAUUGGUGUUUCUCUUUAAACAACGAGAUUAUAUCUCCCAGUAUAAUCAAUAUUUAUAGAUAUAUAUUGUUAACGCGUUUCCUUCGCGUGAAUUGUGACCACCAACAAUAUAUUUUGUCCACCAAUCAUGAAAAUUAAUCCAAUCACCGUACAAUCCCCACCCAUCCCCGUCGAAUUCAUCGAACUUUUACUUCGACUUAACAUCAACCUGUCCAUCCGUCUAAAAUAAUCCUGAUUAAUCUUCGAAGGAUUAGAACUCAAGAUCCAUUCAAACUGCUCCUAAGAUCGAAAGGAUUAUCAUCGGAAUGUUUAUCGUUGUUUGUUAUGUUUUUUCUUUCUUUUUAAACAUAAUUGCUUGAGGAGAGUAUAAAAUAAAAUAUAAUAAUCCUGGCCGAAUAAUCGGAAGUAUCGUUUCGUUGCACUUUUACGGCGAAGGGAAAGAUCGCGGGAUUUUCAAAAUUAACGAAACUUUAGUGUCGCGUUUAGGGAGGAAGAGGAGGAGGAGAAGGAGGAGGAGGAGGAGGAGAAGGACCAAUUGGAUCCAUCGCACUUAUUUACUAUAAAUACACGUUCAUUAAAUAUAUAUAUAUAUACGUACGUACAUAUUAUUCUACACUUAACAACAUAUAUAUGUAUAUAUACCAACGUAUAUCAGGCUUUAUGAAUCUUUGAAUAUUUAACACAUUCUGUGACACGUAAUGCUUGCGUCCCAACGUGCAGCUUUUCUUUCGCGUUUAUCAGGGAUUUCGCGUCUCCGAAAGUUUAUCAGGGAGAUCGAGAGUUCCAUGUCGAAUCAGCCGAAUUUAAUUUCUUUUUCGCAUUAUUCCGUCAUCGGUCGUUCCACCAACCACUACUAUUUUACUACUAAACUACUACUACUAUUACCACCACCAAUACCACCACCACCACUACCACCACUACCACUACAUUUACCGUUUUAGCACACAUCCCUAUUCUGUUUCUCGUUUUGACUAAUUAAUAAUUGUUUGUUUUUGUUUUUUUUUUUUUGUUCAUUAUUGCAUUACCUAUUUUCCGUGUGUAUUUUCGUUUUCGUGCGUUUUCGUUCCUUGCUUCUAUAUAUCUCUCAAUACACGAUUUAUCCCCGUAAAAUGUUAUGAGAAUGUCGUGAUAAAUAGUUUAUGUGUUCUUGACUCGGAUCUUUAAUAAUCCAUGUUAAAAUCGUGUUUAAUUUGUUGUAUCUAAUUUCUAUAUAGUCGAUCCACGACAGUACUGUAUCCUACCCCGCCCCCCCCCCUCAACCAAGCCUUUCAAACACCUCUACCAAUACGACUUAACAUAUGUGUAAUAAUCCUCAUUCUUGUAAGCAUAAGUAAGCCGUUGUUUCAUGUACCACUGCACAUACGGCACGGAUUAUAUUUACCAGUUGUGUGAACCUUGAAAUAAAGAAAUAAGUUUUCACG